AUGCCUUCUUAUUUGGUAUGCAAUACUACCUCCUACAAUCACACGGAUUAUAACAAGCCGAUUUCCGUGCAUAAGAGUACUGAUUACAGGACUUCCAGCGGUACUAAUCACAGAUUCAUUGCACCAUACCCACAAGAUUUUGACGCCAGAGUCAAAACGACAACAAAAUCCGUUCAGAAUCCAGUUUUCAAGGAUGAUUUUUAUGUUUCCGAUUAUGGGAAGAACUACCUUGCUAAAAAAUCCGUUAAGGAUCCUUUGGAUUUGCAAGUGCCAACCAAUUUUUGGAAAGUUCACUAUUUUCGAGAUAUUCAAGAGAAGUUAACGCAAGAUCCUCCUCGUCCGAUUGCGACAAAGAAAUCCGUAACUCAGGAAGAUUAUGACAGAAAAUUUGCUAAAUAUGAAAGUCGUUCGGUUUUUCCACCUAAUCCUUACAAAUACUGCGAACUGAGGAAUUACGGAAAAGACGAGCAACCCCCUUUGAGACCAGAAGAGAAUGGAUUCAUGAAGAACUGCGAUAUUUAUUUUACAACUAGUAGAGCGUCAUUUGUACCGUAUGAUCAAAUUAAACAGAACGGAAUCGCGAAGAAAGACAUCAUUACGUUCUACGAUGGAUCAGGAGUACCUAGAGGGAGCAAAGGUUACGGUCCUAAAAAUGAUAUUCAUAUUGGACCUUUCAAUGCCAGACGGGAACCUCCUAUUUUGAGGAAAAAAAAGUUACCUCUUCACAGCGAAACCAUCCCCCAUAGGUCCUAUUUAUCUGAAGCGAAAGAGGAAUUCUGCAAUCAGACCUAUUCUGUAUUUCAUCCGUAUUUGUUCGAAAAUGGAGUUGAUUAUAAAGCAGUUUUGGCCGAUGCGACUGCUUGGCAAACCAUGGCUGCACCAGGAAUGUACUGCACGGAAAGUUGCCAUUUGGGAACUGGCUGGCCUGUCAGAUCGGUAAUAGAGUUAAAGAAACCCAAGAAACUGAUUACACAUAACAUUCCACCAUUCGAAUAUCGAUGUACCCUCAAUUAA